AUGCAUGAAGCUCGGCGACCGAGAGAGACCCUGUGUCGACUGAAAAAUGCCCGCGGACCCUGUCUCGGCGACCGCAGGACAGCCCUGACCUCCUCCGGGCCCGCAGGUGUGAAGACCCCACUGUGGAAGAAGGACCCGGAGCAGGCGCGGGCGGAGGAGGCGGAGCAGGAGGAAGCGAAGCAGGGGCCGGAGGACGGCGCGGCGGGGGGCGAGGAGCCGCCGCGGGAGGCGGAGGGGGGCGAGGGCCGCGAACGGCGCGCGGUGUCCUACUGCCCGCUGCGCCCGGACUGCAGCACCCAGGAGGCGGCGCCGCUGCGGCGCGCGGACAGCGGCUUCUGGGGCUGGCUUGGCCCCUUCGUGCUGCGGGGCGCCCUGACUGCUCCCCCCGACAGGAAGCGGAGCCUCCCGGAGGAGCGGUGCGUGCUGGAGAUCCGGCGACGACCGCCGCGCCGCGGGGUCUGUGCGCGCUGCGAGAUCCUCUUCUGCAAGAAAUGCCGCAGUCUGCACGGCCACCCGGCCUAUGUGGCGCACUGCGUUCUGGAUCACCCGGAUCUGGGUAAGGCGGGGGCCGCUGGGGCCUACUGAGCGCCCCCACUCCCAGUUUUGUGCUCUCCAUCCUUUCCUGGGCCAGACCACCCCCCACCCUCCAGCCCCGCAACCUUCUCUCCUGGGACGCGGAGCCCUCUCCGGCCCAUUCCACAGAACCGCUCCUUCUCAACUACCGCCCAGGGCGCCCCUGCUGAGCAAGAAGGCCCACUGUUGAUGCUUGGUUCCCACCUGCCACCUAGAGCCCCCAGUGCAGGGCCCAGCACAGCCUAGAGCCCGCUGUGAACAGCGCUCACCCAGGGCCCCCCGCCCCCACGCAGCACCAGCGCCACCGCACACCUGACUCUGCCGCUCACACAGCCUCACCUUCACCUCUUGGGUAUUUCAGAUCCUUCUGGCCCGCUGGGCAGAGGCAUCGCCUAGAGAAAACAACCUCCAGCUUCCCUCAGCCCUCUGACAAACCUGCCUCUUUCCCUGAAACCAUCCAGUAAAACCUCUGAUCAAAUUG